ACAUAAAUCGCAUUGGCAAAAUUGUAAAAAAGGAUCCAUAAGUUUUUGACAUCCAGAUUUGGACGUGUAGAACUGAAGCAGAAAAAUAUGAAAUAUGCCCCCCUUCGCAUCUGCCUAAUCAAUUCUCUUCCCCUUUCCCCGGCGGUGACGACUGCAGGCUGCCGAUCCAGUCGACGCCGCUCCCCUUCUUCCUCCCAGUUCACCGGCCUCAAGCCAUCUCCCUUCACUAGGCGCAGAGGAUGGAUUGGCAGGGGCAGAAGCGCGCGGAGAUGCUGAUGCAGGUGCUGUUGGUGGCGUCGGCCGUGGCGGCGUUCCUGGCCGGGUACGUGCUGGCGGACUUCCAGCUCAUGCUGCUCGUCUACGCCGGCGGGGUCGUUCUCACGGCGCUCGUCACCGUCCCCAACUGGCCGUUCUUCAACCGCAACCCCCUCAAGUGGCUCGACGCCUCCGAUGCCGAGCGCCACCCGCGCCCGCAGGUCAGCGCCGGCGCGGCCGCGGGGGCGGCAGGGGGUAAGAAGAAGUCUGGGAAGAACAAGUAGUUGGUCUUUCAGAGGAAUGUGUGUGCUUGAUUGAUAUAACUCAGCUUGUUUCGAUACUAUUCUCAGUACUAUUGAUUAUGAAAUAUUGAGAUAUUAGACAAUUUCGGUA